AUUUCUGGACUUGCAUGCUUUUGUAUCUCUAUCUUUCUCUUGCUCAAUAAAUCUCCAUUAAUGGAGCCCAAGUCAAAUUCUAAAUGGGAAGGCAAGGUUUGUACAAAACUGACAAAUGCCACCGCAGACCAAGUGUUGGUUCUGUACAAGGACUUCUUCAACUUCCACAAAUGGUUUCCUAGCCUAGCCACUUGCUAUGGUAUUCAUGGCACCAACGGUGAGCCCGGUUGCAUCAGAUACUGCGCUGGAUUCUCAAUCCCAUCCAACGAUGGUGACAAUAAGCCCGUUAGCUGGUCCAAGGAAAGAUUAAUAGCCGUCGAUGAUGAUGAACACAGAUUAAGCUACGAGAUUGUGGACAGCAAUAUUGGGUUCAAGUCAUACGUUUCUACGGUCAAGAUUGUUCCCCAAGGUGAUCAAGGGUGUAUGAUUGAGUGGUCGUUCACCGUUGAUAAGGUGGAAGGGUGGGUACUAGAUGAUUUGGUGAAGAAGUAUGAGGUGGGAUUGCAGCGCAUGGUUAAGAGAAUGGAAGAUGCACUAGCAAGUUUUGAGCCAGAAGGGUAGUUGUUUGUAAUCUUUUCUCAUUUAUCUUAUUAUUAAUUUCUAGUUACUUUUGUAUUUCUUAUUUUAUCCAUGUAAGUUAGGUUAGGGGUGUGCAAAUAGAGUGGUUUGAUUAUUUAUGCUCUAUGAUUAUUUAUGCUCAUAUGGACCGGGACAAAAUCUGGGAGAUAUUCAACAAGAAGCGCAUACAAACAUUGAGGACCAACACUUAGCGAAGAGAUUCGCCUUUGUAGCGUGGAGUAUAUGGCACACUCGCAAUGCUAGUAGAAUGAAGAUCCCUUGCUUACCAUACACGAGGCUGUAUCAGGACUCAAUGGAUCGGCUUCAGGAAUACCAAGCAGCCCAAACACUCGAUGAACCAGCUGACUCACCUGUGCUGGACCAAGAGAUUCACCAAGCUCCUACCAAAUGGAGACCCCCAUUUAGUAACAUCUACAAAGCAAAUUUUGACGGAGCCGUAUUCCAAGGACCAAGAGUUGCAAAAGGCAGGCAUCGAUCGGUGUGGUCAUCAGGAACUCGAACGGUGAGGUAAUCGUUGCACUUUCUGAGAGCUACUUUCUACCAGCAACAGUGGAAGAGGUGGAGGCAAUUGCAUGCAGAAAGGCAGUCUCCUUUGAAUGUGGUCUUCGAAGCGACUCAGAAACAAUCAUCAAAGCCCUCAACUCUGACUCUACGUGUCUUACUUCCUUUGGCCACCUUGGCUUUGUUUUUUUUGACUCCUUUUCUUUCUUUUAUGAGUGUCAAGAGGAGUGGGUUUGCUGUAGCUGACAAAUUGGCAAAGCUAGCCAAGUACUCUCACAGUCAGGUUUGGCAUGAUG